AAAAAAAAAAGCAAAAAACAAAAGAAACCUCUCGGCACUGUCUAUCCUGACCGAUCACUUACAGCACUCCAGAUCAUUGGACUGAUUCCCAACUUCUUUUCGAGCAUCUGGCUUUCUCCAUGGCUGCAGGAAGAUCCUUCUCCAAAGAUCAGUUUACGUGUUCAAUAUGCUUAGGUUUGUUCAUCAAUCCAGUCACCACUCCAUGCGGACACAAUUUCUGUCUGCAGUGUAUCCAGGGGUACUGGGAUCACAGUGAUAAUUGUACAUGCCCUCUGUGUAGGAAAAUGUUUUUAAGAAGGCCUGUUCUCAGCAUUAACCGAAUGGUUGCUGAACUCACUCAGGACUUCAGAGCGUUGACAGUCGAUGCUCCUCAAUCAUGCCCCGCUAGGCCUGAAGAUGUUCCUUGUGAUGCCUGCACUGGGGAAAAGCUGCAAGCUGUAAAAUCCUGCUUGGUGUGCCUGGUGUCUUUUUGUGAAGCACACAUCAAACCUCACUAUGAAGGAGCAGCAUUCAGAAGGCACAGACUGGUGGAUCCUGUCUGCAGUCUGGAGGAAAGACUGUGCACACAACAUCACAGCCUUCUAGAGCUAUACUGCAGGACUGACCUGACCUGUAUCUGUGUGUUAUGUCUGGAGGCAGAACAUAGACAUCAUAACACAGUCCCCAUACAAAGAGAAUGGGCAGAGAAAAAGAAGAACCUCCAAAACAUGCAGAGCGAAAUAGAAAAAGAAAUCCAAGAGAAACAAAAAGAGCUGGCUGAACUGAAACAAGUUGGGAAGUCAUGCAACAACUCUGUAGAGAAAGAAAUGAUGAAAAGCGAAAGGAUUUUCAAAGAGCUGAUCCACUCCGUUGAGAGAAGCUGGACCCAGCUGGUUGAAGAGAUCACUGAAAAAAACAGAGCUGCUGGAAAGCAGACAGAAAAACUCACAGAAGAACUGGAGAUGCAAAUCACUGGGUUGAAGGAGAGGAGCUCCAGGAUGAAGCAGCUUUCAGAGUCAGAGGAUCACAUCCUUUUUCUCCAGAAUUUCCAGUCUCUCUGUCCUCCUCCCAAAGCCGCAGCCUUACCCAGAGUCACUGUUAAUCCUGACAUCAAUAUAGCGGCUGUAAGGAAAGCUGUAUCUGAACUUAAAUACUGCCUCAUGGAUAGCUUUGACAGAGAACUAGUGAAACUAUCCAAAACAGAACUGGAGAACAUUCAGAGAUAUGCCGUUGAUUUAACUCUGGACAUGGACACAGCAAACGAUGGACUUAUCCUUUCUGAAGAUGGGAAACGAGUGGUGGGUAAAGAUAAAAAACAAUUAUUAGAAAAACGUAAUCUACCAUGUCUCCCUUACAAGCCAAAUCGAUUUGAUAAUUUACUCUGUGUUCAAAGCUAUGAAGGCUUCACCUCUGGUAGACACUACUGGGAGGUGGAAGUGGGAAAGAAAACUAACUGGGCUCUAGGAGUUCAUAGAGAGUCUGUUGAUAGGAAAGGGGGAAUUGAAUCAAGCACGACGACUGGUUUUUGGGAGCUGUGGCUAGUCAAUGAAAUGACAUUUUUAGCUGUCACUGAUCCACCAACUCACCUCUCCCUAAGUCUGAGGUCCAAGAAGGUUGGAGUGUAUCUGGAUUAUGAGGAAGGACUUGUCUCCUUUUACAAUGUAGAGACUGGCUCUCAUAUCUACACUUUCUCUGACAAAUUCACUGAGAAAAUCUACCCAUUCUUUUGUCCCGGUUAUAAAGAGGGUCAUAAAAAUGAAGACCCAUUAAUAAUCUGCCAUCCUGCUGCUACACUAUCAAACAGACUGUUGCUGAAUAAAUAGAAAAAAUUGCUUUAUCUGUGUAUAUGGACAAUAGCAUACCUUACUGGACGUGUUAUAUAGAGGAUACUUCAUAAACAUACUGGAGUUUUUCCAUGGAUGAGGAAAGUUGAAUAAGCCAUGAGCCCCAACUGAGCUGAAGAUGGUCAUCUUCAUGAGUAAAGGAAACCCAGCACUCUCUAUACAUUACUAGAGUAUUCUGUCCAUCCUUCUUUUCAUCAUAUUCUGCAUCUGCUAAAACUCAACACUUUCUCUAUAAAGAAAAAUCACUGAGAGGCAAGUUGAAUUGAUAUAACCAACACUCCGGCAUGCUUGGAAUUCUGGAGUAUCUUGUUUAAACAUUAAUUGCUGAGAGAAGAGUCAGACACUGUAGGGUUUAUCAAUGUGAAGACAUUGUGAAGGAUGUGAUCAUUCCAGCUGAAAAUGGAAGAAUGGGUUUAGUUCACUAGGAGUACAGAAUACUUGAAAAUUACAAUUAUGGGUUGGUAAAAUGAAUUGCAGGCUAUUGUUGUAUUGCAAUUAUUGUUCCUAGAAUUCUAUGGAUUACAAAUUCAGUUUCAUGCCACAUGUUGUGUGCACCUGGAGAUAUGAAUUGCUAGGAAUUAGUCCGAUUUCAAAUUUGCUUAUACACUAAUCAGUUUUAUUGAUCUUGAUCAUCAACUGCUUAAGGGACCUGAGGCAUUAUAUUCU